AUGGCGGCGGCCACUUCAAUUCAACCUCGCUUAAUAUCCACCUUCCUUGGAGACUGCCGCUUUCUUCCCUCCCAUUCAAUCCACCAUCUCUUCCGUUUCAAUCCAGGAAGGGACCAUGUAUCAAUGAAAAUGUCAAGGACGUUCUCUGGAUUGACCAAUUUAUUGUUUAAUAGAGGAAACAAUGAAGAAUUUGCUGAUAGCAAAAGGCAACGUUUAAAACCUGGUACAGUAUCUCCCACUCGGCCAGUCCCCAAUAACAUACCAAAACCUCCUUAUGUGAAAUCUCGAAAACCACCUGGAAUUGCUAGUGGGCCUGAAAUACACAACGAGAAAGGGAUAGCAUGCAUGAGAGCCUCAGGGAGGCUUGCUGCACAAGUUCUUCAGUAUGCUGGAACUCUAGUGAAGCCAGGCAUCACAACAGAUGAAAUUGACCAACCAGUUCAUCAAAUGAUUAUUGACAAUGGAGCAUAUCCAUCUCCCCAUGGUUAUGGUGGGUUUCCAAAGAGUGUAUGCACAUCGGUGAAUGAGUGCAUUUGCCAUGGUAUUCCAGAUUCACGGGCCCUUCAGGAUGGUGACAUUAUCAACAUUGAUGUUACAGUUUAUCUUAAUGGUUAUCAUGGUGAUACAUCUGCAACAUUUUUUGUAGGAGAAGUCAGUGAGGAGGCCAUAAGCUUAGUUAAGGUAACCAAAGAAUGCCUUGACAAGGCAAUAUCAAUAUGUGCACCAGGAGUUGAAUUUAAACAAAUUGGCAAGACAAUACAGUAA